UGCCUCUUCCCUCUAUUUCCCGUAUUACAACAGAGUGAGUUAUAGUAGUAAGGCAAGCUUAGUUUUUCUUGAGUGGUUCUGUGCUUCUCGUAUGUUAUCCCCUCUCUUGCAAAUUAUUAUUCUAUCAGUGCACGUGUUCGAUUGAUAGGAAUCUAAGCUGAUUAAUUUAUUCGCCGUUCCUUGUGACCUGUUGUCAACGGAUUAUUUAGAGAAAAGAUAUUUAUGUUUAUAUUUUUGUGAAAAGAACGAACGGAUUCGGAAAGUUUUUGCGGUGCUCAACCUGUUUGAUGCAAUGAGAGAAGAAUUAAUAUUGGAAAUAUGUGCUCUUAGGUCAGACUGAGGAAAUGUUAUUCUCUGUGUUCUCGUCUUUUUUUAUUACUAUUUUUCUGAUCCUUCACAAAACUAAAGGAGUAUGCGGGCAAUAUUCCGACACCUGUGAUUGGGUUGGAAGUGGUCUCCUACAAGAAAGUUCUCAAGGAGUACACCCUAUAUACCUUCGUUGUACGCAAGGACAUAUCAAGUGGCAUUACCCUAGAGGGGCUCUGAGGGCCCUGCUGAGGCCACCUCUCUCGGGCUUUCAGGGCUGCAUACGAAUUGCGGCCAACUCUACCGGAGCCAGACUCUAUCUGGAAGGGGAGACUAGGCUGUUUCUCCUUUACAAGGCCGGUGACGGUAAGCCAGAAGGACUCCAUAGGUGCUUUACGUCUAGAAGAGGUCAAGUUGCUCUGUAUAUCGAAGCAGACCCUCCUUUGGACAUUCUGAGGAAAGAUACCGUUGAGUUCAGCUACGACCUGGUACAACAAAAUAAUCUGUCAGACGACAUGGAAGAAUGUCGACCAUGUUCAGAUGAAGAAAUUCUCAGAGCUUAUUGUUCGAGUGAUUUCGUUGUUCAAGGCACUGUGUCCACUUUAUCACACAACUCAUCCACCCAAACAUCAGUUCUGUCAGUACGUGCCACCAACAUCAAAAGACACACACGCAAUAAAUCUUGGGCCAAAGCAAAAUAUGUGACUUUGUACAGGCCCUUGAAAUGUGGGACAAAAUCAGGCAUGGGAGAAUUCCUGUUCCUUGGACGCUGGAGGCUCGGGCAGCCAUUUGUUCAUUGUGCCCCGAGACUCUCACAUUGGAAGGAAAUAAGACGAAAAGCAAUAUCGACACAAACCAAUCAGUGCCAACUUGAUUAAUUCUCAAUCGUAUCUGAGCACAGAGAAUUUGAAGCCAAAUUGUAUGUUACUAACGUAUUAUAUGUCGUUUUUCCAAAAAGUUUUUCAUUGAUAUCGCAAAGAUUUACCAAAGACAGUUGUAAAAAUUCCAUUAUUCGAGGUGAUUUGGCUUAUUCGAUUAUACUAAAGCUAAGGCUGUUUUUCAAAGGCUCUGUCGUGUUAUAAAAUAGCACUUUUUAGCAAAUAAUAUUCUUUUUUUCUUUUAGUUUCUUAGAGUUAUUCUUCACUGUUAGGUAAAGUUGUGAAUUUAUGAAAAUUGGACAAAAUAUAUGGAAAAAAAGUCACAGUUUUCUGCAGAUGAAAAGCGUUUGAGAUCAAUAUUUUGAAUUAUUUGAAAAUUAUUCAUCGAUUUUAAUAGUGGAAAAGUCUUGCCAAAUUGGCGAUUUUU